GAGAAGCUUCUUGUGGCUCGGCAGCACAUAAACACCAAUGGUCAUCCUGUUAGUUUUGCCCUGUGCCUUCGUGAUUGUCGGCCUGAUUAAAUUCUUGAUGCUGCAACGACCAAAUUAUGCAUCAGAAUGCUGCAAGACCUCAGAGGGAGACGAAUCGUCAAAGACCAUUCACCCAAACUCGUGCCCCCGUCUCAAAUAUAUUCGGAAGGUGAAAAUUGAUAAAAGCGAAAAACAUACCCAAAUCAACCAAUACUCGCUAAGAGAAUUUAUCGGCCAGGGAUCCUAUGGAAUCGUCCAGUUGGCUUACAACAAAUUUGACAACCAAAACUAUGCCAUGAAAAUCCUUUCCAAGAAGAAAAUGUUGAAAAGGGCCGGUUUCUUCGGUCGACUAGCCCCGCAAAGAAAGAAAUCUGAUAAAGGAAGCACUGGAUCGACAUCUCAUCCGCUGGAUCGCAUCUAUCGUGAAAUCAACGUUCUUAAGAAAUUGAGCAAUCCUAACAUUGUCAAAUUAGUGGAGGUGUUGGACGAUCCAGUUCAAGACAAUCUUUACUUGGCUUUUGAAUUACUUGAUCUGGGAGCAGUUGUGUCAGAUGAGUCGAACGGUAAUCCGAUGGAAGAAAAUCAAGCCAGGAUACACUUUCGUGAUUUGUUGUUAGGAAUUGACUACCUGCAUCGCAAUCAUGUCGUCCAUCGUGACAUCAAGCCAGCCAAUUUGCUUCUCGGCUGUGACGGAAGGUUGCGCAUUGCCGACUUCGGUGUCAGUUGCGAGUUCCAUGGAGCGGAAGACAUUGUGCUGGAAACCGCGGCCGGAACGCCGGCUUUUCACGCUCCGGAAGCAUUGGCGGGCUCGGGUCGAUUUCACGGCAAGGCAGCGGAUGUUUGGGCCAUGGGGGUCACUCUCUAUUUUCUCGUCUACGGAGCUCUGCCCUUCAGCGACACCAACAUCUCGGCCCUGCAAAAAUUAAUUCAACAUCAAGAAUUAAGAUUUCCGGACGAAUUUAACACCUCUGCCCAACUGAGGGAUUUGCUUAAGCACAUGCUGGACAAAGAUCCGAGUCGAAGGAUUACCGUGUCAGAGAUGAAAGAGCAUUCGUGGGUGACUUGUGACGGGACCUGGCUGUUUCAAGAAGAGGAAAACAGUUGCAACAUCGAUUGUUUUGAUAAUAUUGUUAUCGACGAAUCUCCGCUGUAUCCACCAGUUUUCUCCAUUCCUUCCAUCCCGUACCUCAGUUCGCUGACUCGUCUAAUGAAAACUAUGUUUCUCAAACACUCUUUUCAUCUUCCCUCUUUCAAAUUCAGUUAAUUCAUUGUGGCCGCUAUAAGAGAGAUGCCG